CUGAGGUGUUAACAGUGUUGGUCAUUGUCUGCUCAUCAUCAACCAAUCAUGCGGUCUGCUCAGAUCCUUCUCCUGCUGUGCAUCCUGGGAGCAGCCCUGUGGUCCGCCGCGUUGGCCAACAAUGGAAAUGGUCCUGAAGAAUGCUGUUUCAAGUAUUACACAAGAAAAAUCCCCGCACAAUUCAUCAGGGAAUAUGAAAUGACCAGAUCUGACUGCCCUAAGAGGGGAAUCAUCUUGGUCACAAGAAAGAGCUACCGCCUCUGUGCCAAUCCAGAUGAUCCUUCGAUUGAGAACAUCAUGAAGUCCGUCGAUGACAGGAAAUUCCAGUAACCACUUCCUGGAAGAAGGCUGAAGUCUAAACAUGUCAUCUCCUGCUCCUACUUCAUUUUCAGCUCUGUGUUAAGUAACUGUUUUACAUGUAGUGACAGAAAGUGUCAAAUGAUAUCCUAGCAAUCAUGAUGAUCAUUUAGUAUAUGUAUAACACAUGUAUCAGAUGUAAUGAUCAUGUUAUGUAUCAUGUUGUGUAUCACUCAACAAAAGGGUUUACCAAGGAAAACUUCCAAAAGGACUAAUUUGAGUCAGAAUGGAGUUGGAGCACUCCACAAAAAAGGCAGAGAUUAAUUUCUAAUUUGGAUGAGUAAAGGUGACUGACGUUUCAAUGUCAAGCUGACGUCUUCCUCAGAGUGACCUGACAAUUGCACUUUACUCCUAUUUAUAGCCUAGUGGCUUACUGAGACACAUCAAUGGAAAAAUUAAAAUAAGGUCAACAGGAAAUUCAAGGUAAAUGGCAAAUAAUAAUACUAUAAAUCUGGUGUCUUCUUGUUGACCAAUAGGUCAUAUAUAUACAUUGGGGGUAUUUGAGUGUUUGUGAAAGGGGUGGCACUGAGACCAUAAAAAUCAAGGCAACUACAUUAGAAAAACCCUAACCUUGAAUCAUGUUAUUUUUAUUUGUACUUUGUUGUGUCUCAGUAGGUCACUAUGCUAUGAAUAGGAGUUAAGUGCAAUUGUCAGGUCACUCUGAGGAAGACGUCAGCUUUGUUGAGUUCUCCAAAUAUUUUCUACCUCUAAUUAGUCCUUUUGGAAGUUUUUCUUGUUAAGCCUUUUUGUUGGAAUUUCGUCAUUGUUGUCAAGCGCUCCCUUUAUGUGUUUGCUGUAGCGCGGACGCCUACCUGAUCUCUUAUCUAUACAUUAUCCCUUUUUUAUUAUAAGCUUUGUUAUUUUCUUCUCUCACAAACAUUUAGCAUGUAUGAACAAUACUGCAUGUACUGGCCUUCUUUUUUUUGGAACUUAAUAAAUCAUACCACUUUUA